UGUAAAGGACAAGACACAGUGACCCAGCAAACAGGAGAUGUUACUGCUGCUGAAGGAGGCUCAGUCACACUCAGCUGUACUUUCAGCACGAGUGAUAAAUAUCCUUAUUUAUUUUGGUACAAACAAGAAGCAAACAGCUCUCCAAAGUACAUGCUGAAACGAUACCCAAGCAAAGCAUCAAAAGAAGAUAAUGCUCCGGAGUUUAGGGAUGAAAGAUUUGAUGCUGAGCUGAGCGAUAAAUCAGUUCCUCUGAGGAUCCAGAAGCUGCAUGUGUCUGACUCUGCUGUGUACUACUGUGCUCUGCAGCCCACAGUGACAGGAAACAGCACAACUCUGUACAAAAACCUCUGGAGCAAAGACAACACAAUACUCCACAACAUCCACCAGAGGGCCUCACACUCUGUUUCACCUCUACAGUUUGUGAAAAAUAGCCAGAAUGCUCAAUUUUCCAACACCAUGUUUGCUGCAUGCCUGCACCUAUGGAUCACUAAACUGUUAGCAGGAGUAAGAGGAGCAGAGAGAAGAGAAAGUACAGAUCAGAGAGGAGACGGAGAGAUUCAGGGAGGAGCUGAGCUGCUUCUGAACUGUAGAAGAGACACAAAGUUCCACAUUCACCACAGUUCAACACACAAAGCACAAACAUCAACUUUAUCCAGCAUGGACUAUUACGUACUUUCUCUACUUAUCAUCAAGAUUCUCACAGGUGUCAGCUGUGAAAAACUGUCUGCAGAGGAGAAGGAAGUGUCAACUUUAGAAGGCAGCUCUGUUACUCUGUCCUACAAAUAUGACCAAAAAGCAACCAUCAAUGAGUAUUUCUACUGGUACCGACAAUAUCCAGGAAAACCACCAGAGUUCCUGAUCUCUCAUUAUGGAACAGGAAAAGAAAUAUCAGAUCCAGUUGAUGGACUGUCUUAUAAAGUGAGUGAAGAUAAAACACAGAUGGAUCUGCAGAUCUCCUCUGCUGCAGUGACAGACUCUGCUGUGUACUACUGUGCUGUGAGGCCCACAGUGACAGGAAACAGCACAACUCGCUUCCAUCAGCCUGAAUGGAAACAGAACACAGAGGAGGAGGAGCUACAGCUGAAUAUGAAAGGCCUCAUGUUGGAACUGAGGAGCUGCUGUGUUCUCUCUGCUGUUCACUCACAACAAGAGAAAAUAAUGCUUCUGCUUUUCAUUUGGAUGAUGACGGUCUCCCUUCAGACAGGAUCCUCUGAGGAUUUACUGACACCAUUUAAAUCUGUGCAGAUGGGUUUGGAAGGAGAGACUCUGACUCUCUCCUGUAACUAUUCAGGUUCUGUAAAUUAUCUCUUCUGGUACCGACAGAGUUCAGGUUCAUCUCCACAGCUCAUCAUCUCAGGAUUUUCAGAUCAAACUGGAGAAAAGUUUUCUUUCAAACACAAAAACAAACAAAAGGAGUUUGAUCUGCAGAUCUCCUCUGCUGCAGUGACAGACUCUGCUGUGUACUACUGUGCUCUGCAGCCCACAGUGACAGGAAACAGCACAACUCUGUACAAAAACCUCUGGAGCAAAGACAACACAAAACUCCACAACAUCCACCAGAGGGACUCACACACUGUUUCACGUGUCAGCUGUGAAAAACUGUCUGCAGAGGAGAAGGAAGUGUCCACUUUAGAAGGCAGCUCUGUUACUCUGUCCUACAAUUAUCCCAAGCUGACAACUAGUGUCAGCUGUGAAAAACUGUCUGCAGAGGAGAAGGAAGUGUCCACUUUAGAAGGCAGCUCUGUUACUCUGUCCUACAAAUAUGACCAAAAAGCAUCUGGAAGUGUCAGCUGUGAAAAACUGUCUGCAGAGGAGAAGGAAGUGUCCACUUUAGAAGGCAGCUCUGUUACUCUUUCCUACAAAUAUGACCAAAAAGCAACUGGAAGUGAUUACUUUUUCUGGUAUCGACAAUAUCCAGGAAAACCACCAGAGUUCCUGAUCUCUCAUUCAGGUUCAGGAGGAAAAAUAUCAGAUCCAGUUGAUGGACUGUCUUAUACAGUGAGUGAAGAUAAAACACAGAUGGAUCUGCAGAUCUCCUCUGCUGCAGUGACAGACUCUGCUGUGUACUACUGUGCUCUGCAGCCCACAGUGACAGGAAACAGCACAACUCUGUACAAAAACCUCUGGAGCAAAGACAACACAAUACUCCACAACAUCCACCAGAGGGACUCACACACUAUUUCACUUCUA